AUGGUUCGCGGACCCAAGCACCACCUCAAGCACCUUGCUGCCCCAAGCUCAUGGAUGCUGGACAAGCUUUCCGGCACGUACGCGCCGCGUCCCAGCACGGGUCCUCACAAGUUGCGUGAAGCACUUCCUCUUGUGCUUUGCCUUCGUUUGGCAAAGUUGAUUUGUGAACAAGGAGUAGCGUUGGUGUUGGCGUUGGCAGUGGUCAUAUGGAUCUUGCUUCGCAACCGCUUGAAGUAUGCGCUCACUGGCCGUGAAGUGCUGUCAAUCACUCAACAGCGCAUCAUUAAGGUUGACAACAAGGUCCGCACUGACCCGACCUUCCCAACGGGCUUCAUGGACGUUGUGUCGAUUGAGAAGUCUGGUGAGCACUUCCGCAUUCUUUACGAUGUGAAGGGUCGAUUUGUCGUGCACCGCAUCACUGCUGAGGAGGCUCAGUACAAGCUUCUCAAGGUGAAGCGUGUUCAGCUGGGCGCAAAGGGUGUGCCAUUGAUCGUGACACACGACGGUCGCACACUCCGUUACCCUGACCCACUCGUUCGCGCUAACGAUACGGUCAAGUUCGACCUGAUCAACAACAAGAUGGUUGACUUUAUCAAGUUCGACACUGGUGCGCAGGUUAUGAUCACUGGUGGCCGUAACGUUGGUCGUGCUGGUCAAAUGAUUCACCGCGAGCGUCACCACGGUGGUUUCGAUAUCGUCCAUGUCCGCGACCCUGCUGGCCGUGAGUUCUCAACUCGUCUCAGCAACGUGUUCGUGAUUGGUGACCACGAGAAGCGUUGGAUCUCGAUGCCUCGCGGCGGUGGUGUCAAGCUCACGAUCACAGAGGAGCGUGACUUGCGCCUCAAGAAGCAGCGCGAGGAUUAA